AUGCAACUUCAACCGCCCGAAACUCACUACCGAUCCACCCGCCAUCUAUGGCUCGGUCCUCGGUCCUCGGAGGAUUUCGCGGGUAGCAGAUACGUUCUCUUCCCCCGUUUUCACGAUUCUCGGCUCCCCUCCGCCGCCGCCGCCGCCGCCGCCGGCGGAUCGCCGCCCCUCCGAUCAUCAUGUCUUGCUCGCCGGCGGCCGCUUUGCCCCGCCGUCCGCCCGGUCACCAUCUCCUACUCCGACAUCAAGGACAGGGGCUCUGAUCUGUCGCUGAAGAUAGAGCAAGGAUUCGGACCGAACGGCCUCGGGAUCAUCUCGAUUUCUGACGUUCCUGGAUACCCAUCAUUGCGUCGAACUCUUCUGCAUCUUUCGCCAAGAUUGGCCCACCUUCCUGAGGAGACGAAGAAAGAACUUGAAGAUCCAAGUAGCAGGUAUAAUUUUGGGUGGAGCCAUGGGAAGGAGAAGCUUGAAUCUGGGAAACCAGAUAUGUUGAAGGGCUCCUUUUAUGCAAAUCCACUUCUGGAUGUACCUACUACGGAGGAAUCUUUGAUUACGCGGUAUCCAUCAUAUUGCGGAUCAAAUAUUUGGCCUACCAGGGCACUACCAGAACUUGAACUAGCAUUCAAAGCUCUCGGUAAGCUGAUCUUUGACAUUGGUCUGAUGGUGGCUUAUCACUGCGACCAAUAUGUUGCAAAAGGGAUGAAAAAGCAAAGUGAUGAUGGCCUGGAGCAGAUACUGCCUCGAUCUCGCUGCCAUAAAGGUCGCUUGCUGUAUUAUUUCCCAGCAAAAGACAGUACAAGUAAACAAGAUAAUGAUCCUAUGUCAUCUUGGUGUGGAUGGCACACAGAUCAUGGUUCUCUAACAGGUCUUACCUGUGCAAUUUUUAUGAGAGAUGGAGUUGAAGUGCCUUGUCCCAACAGUGCUGCUGGCCUUUACAUUAGAACACGAACUGAGCAAAUUGUCAAAGUGGUCUAUGAAGAUAACGAGAUAGCUUAUCAAAUUGGUGAAACCACUGAAAUACUUUCUAGAGGUUUUCUUUGUGCAACUCCACAUUGUGUCCGGGCACCUAAGGGAGAAGCAACCUUUGGAGUUGACAGAUCUACUUUUGCACUGUUCAUGCAGCCAGACUGGGAGGAAAAGCUCAAUUUCCCUGAAGAACUGCACAUUCACAAAGAGCUUCUCUCGUCAAGGGGUGCUCUCACUUUUGGAGAAUACACGGAGCUGCUUCUCGACAAGUAUUAUCACUCGAGGACGUAGGAUUGUUCCCUGACUACGCUUGGUAAAUAAUUAUUAUUAAGUCCGAUCUGAAAGGCUUCAACAAAAGGCCAUGCAAACUCUUUUAGCUGCCAAUUUGGCUUUAUUCUAUUUCAGUAUGCUGUUCUAUCAGUUUAAAGGCCGUUCCUUCAGCCUUUCUUGAGGUCGAUGGUACCACUUGCAGAACACUAGAAAAUGUGAAUAUUAUUGCAGAUGAGGGCUCGUGAAAUUUGAAAA